GCGGAAGACGUCGAAAGGGUCCAUUCUGUCCGUGCAUAUCGCCAAGGAGGCCGGUCAGCUGGUCUUCUUCGUGAACAGCCCGUGGUGUCCCAAGCGCAGCAGCGGGAAAGAUGCCGGACUAUGGCAGCUGCUUUCCAAGGCGCCGCGGUACGACUCGCCGUUCGCUAACAACAGCCUUAUGGACCGCCUGCUGGGCGAGAUCAUGGCGCUGGAGGACUCCUUCUGCAGAACUCCGAGAUUAGGAAGUGGCAGCAGUGGUGGCGGAGGAGGCAGCAUCGGGGGCAUAGGCAGCAGCAGUGGGCGGCACAGGAGGGUGAAGUGGAGGUCGCUGGACGCCUUUGUGCGUCGCCUGCACGCCAGGCGCAGGGCGCUCUCGCACCUGCACCCGCCCCCUCACGGCCUCUGCGGCUGUGUCACCCUUGAAGUCAGCUGGAGCGACGUGCGUGGGCUCCGAUACGAGAACGAAUUGCAG